UGCACAUCAUAGACACUCGCAUCCGUUCAACGCACGUCUACUCUAAACCUCGGUAGCAUCCAACGAACGAAUUCAUAGCCUCCUGAACAUGUCGCGCGGUGGUGGCCGCGGUGGUAGCCGCGGAGGUGGCAGAGGAGGAGCCGGCGCCAAAGGAAAAAUCGGAGGCAUGGACGUCAGCUGGGAACAUGAUCCUGAGGUUGAAAGCGCAGUUCAAAAAGAGCCUACGGGCAUGUACCCUGGGAUCGUCAAACUGCUGUAUAUGUAAUGAGUGGAAAGACAUACGCAUUCCGAUGACCAAACCCGUCAGCCGCAUCGAAAAGACCUCCAUCUCUCGCUACCGCGCCAUUCGCUCUCGUAUUCAUGAGGGACCUCUCUACACUAUCUUACCGUCAUCAAAGGAAUGGAAGGCUACAAGCCGAGGGCACUAUGGUGUCAUGGAUCCAUUCGAGGGUAUGCGUACCUAUUCGCAACAGUUUCAACGACAGAAAAACCACAUACCUAAGCUUGAUACGCGACCAUAUGUCAUGCAAUUCUUUCCCGAAGAACUACGAAAGACUCUUGACCCUACUUAUACCACCGAAGCAUUAGACCCGUCUGCACCACCAGCGAAGAAAAAACGGAAAAAGCUUGAUAUUUACAGAGUAGGGGGUACAUCACGACUAGAAGAGCUGGAUACUCUUAAUGACGGGGAAUUGGCCCGUCGUGGUGACGAUGAUGGUAGCGACGACGGCAGAGAGAAGGGAAGCGACGACGAACAGGCCUCUGUCAACAUGGACGAGUCUUUCGAUGAAGAGUCUGGUGACGAUUAUGACGCAGAAAAUUAUUUUGACGGAGGAGACGACGAUUAUGGCGAAGAGGAUAAUGACAUGGGUGGUGGUGAAGACACUUAUGAAUAAUAUCGCGUCAUUAUAUCGCAUCAGCCUUUUUGACCUUUACUGGAGCCUGUCGAGCUCACGCUCCUACAGCGUUUCUUACACGCAUUUACGGGGGUCUUAUUACGACUUUGAGAGAGUGCAUCUUCCUCUCAGUCAAGUCUUUUCACAAUGCUAAGCAUUCAUGUUGGGCGCAUUGUAAUACUUCGACAAGCUCUCAGUUCAAGUUACGCAAUUUUGCUAUAUUAGUGCAAGGCAGUCGAACCACUACGCAACAGUGCUUCGUCACGGGCAAGUAGUUAUCAAUGCCUAGUGCUGCUUGGCAAACAACGCGCGCGCGUAUUCUAUCGAGGGUGGAAGUUCAUAACGACCUUAGGA